AUGACGUCUUACAGGUUUCAUAUCUCUUUCUUUGCUAAUUUCUCUUUCUUGACAUUUACAAUCUGCUUGGCUAUGUCCGAAUUAAGAGCUAUCCCUGAGUCUACUUCUAUCUAUCUAUCUAUCUAUCUAUCUAUCUAUCUAUCUAUCUAUCUAUCUGGGUCUGUUUCUAUCUAUCUAUCUAUCUAUCUGGGUCUGUUUCUAUCUAUCUAUCUAUCUAUCUGGCUAGCUAUCCCUGAGUCUACUUCUAUCUAUCUAUCUAUCUAUCUAUCUAUCUAUCUAUCUAUCUAUCUAUCUAUCUAUCUAUCUAUCUGGCUAGCUAUCCCUGGGUCUACUUCUAUCUAUCUAUCUAUCUAUCUAUCUAUCUAUCUAUCUAUCUAUAAGCCUGUUUCUGUUGAUCUACCUAUCCCUGAGCCUGUUUCUAUCGGUCUUCCUAUCCCUGAGCCUGUUUCUAUCAAUCUAUCUUUCUCUGAGCUUUCUGUUCAUGUCUGUCUAUGUUUAUUCUUCUAUCUAUCUAUCUAUCUAUCUAUCUAUCUAUUUCAUUUCAAUCUGGUUCAACUAAUCAUUGACCCAGAACUCUCUCUCUCUCUCUCUCUUUCUCUCUCCCUUUCUCCCUCUCUUGCAGAUAUUAAUAGUGAUAUGAUUUGGCUUGUGGCACUUUCUUUCACAUGCUUGUUCAUUAGGUUUUUUCUUUCACUCGCUCUUUCAUUAGCUUCUUUCAUUUGUUCAUUCAUUAGAUUCUUCUUUCACACAUAUGUUCAUUUGAUUCCUUUUUUUCACUCAUUUGUGAGGUCGAUUUUUCACUUUCUCAUUCAUUUCAUUCUUUUCAUUUGUUCAUUCAUUAGAUUUCAGUUUUUUCCAUUAGCCUCUUUCUUUCAUUUCAUUCAUUUCUUUUUUUUUUUUUUUAUUCCUUCUUUCUCAUUCAUUUCAUUUCUGUCCUUUUCACCCUUUUUUUUCAUUCAUUUUUUUCCUUUUCACCCUCUAACUCAUUUGAUGCUCUUCUUUCGUUCAGUUCAUUUCUGUCCUUUUUCACCCUCUUUCUUUCAUUCAUUUUUUUUAGCUCCUUUCACUUGUCUUUUUUCAUCCAUUGAUGAUGCUCUUCUUUCACCGACCCGUUCAUUUGUGUCUUUUUCCCCCCACUCAUUCAUUCAUUGUGCCCUUCUUUCACCCACGAGUUUAUCAAGUCCUUCUUUCAUUCAUAGGUUCAUUUCUGUCCUUUUCACCCUCUUUCUUUCAUUCAUUUUUUUUAAUUUCACUUGUCCAUUUUGCUCUUCUUUCACCACUGCUCGUUCACCCCUUUCACUUGUCUUUUCACCCUCUAACUUCUUUGAUGAUGUUCUUCUUUCAUUAGGUUCAUUUGUGUCUUUUUCCCCACUCAUUCAUUCAGGUCUUCUUUCAGUUUUCAAUAGGUUCAUUUUAGGUUCAUUUCUGUCCUUUUUCCCCCCUUUCAUUCAUUCAUUUUUUUUAGCUCCUUUUCACUUGUCUUUUUCUCUUCUUCUUUCACUUCGUUCAGUAGGUCCUUCUUUUAUUCAUAGUUCCUUCUUUUCCCCCCCAUUCAUUCAUUCAUUUCUGCUCUUCUUUCACCCCUAUUUUCAAGUCCUUCUUUCAUUCAUAGGUUCAUUUCUGUCCUUUUCACCCUCUUUCUUUCAUUCAUUUUUUUUAGCUCCUUUCACUUGUCCUUCUUUCAUUCAUAGGUUCAUUUCUGUCCUUUUCACCCUCUUUUUCAUUCAUUUUUUUAGCUCCUUUUUUCAUGAUGCUCUUCUUUCACCAACUCGUUCAAUAGGUCCUUCUUUCAUUCAUAGGUUCAUUUCUGUCCUUUUCAUCCUCUCACACAUUCAUUGUGCUCUUCUUUCACCCACUAGUUUAUCAAGUCCUUUCAUUCUAGAUUCAUUUGUGUCUUCCCCCCCCCCACUCAUUCAUUCAUUGUGCUCUUCUUUCACCCACUAG